AGCGCCUCGAGGCCACGUGGUCUCCCGGUCCGUUCCUGCGUCCUUCAAUAUUGUCGGCUCUGCAGGUCAUGGCAGGUCCGGUCCUGGGCGGUGGGGCCAGGGCCCUGGAUCUGCUCCGGGCCCUGCCUCGUGUAAGCCUGGCCAACUUGAAGCCGAAUCCCGGCUCCAGGAAACCGGAGAGACGACCAAGAGGUCGGAGAAGAGGUAGAAAGUGUGGCAGAGGCCACAAAGGAGAAAGGCAGAGGGGAACCCGGCCCCGCCUGGGCUUUGAGGGAGGCCAGACUCCAUUUUACAUCCGAAUACCAAAGUAUGGGUUUAAUGAAGGACAUAGCUUCAGACGCCAGUAUCAGCCUCUGAGUCUCAACAGACUGCAGUAUCUUAUUGACUUGGGUCGAGUUGAUCCUACUCAACCUAUUGACUUAACCCAGCUUGUCAAUGGGAGAGGUGUGACCAUUCAGCCUCUUAAAAGAGAUUAUGGUGUCCAGCUGGUGGAGGAAGGUGCUGACAUCUUUAAGGCAAAAGUUAAUAUUGAAGUACAGUUGGCUUCAGAACUAGCUAUUGCUGCAAUUGAAAAAAACGGUGGUGUUGUUACUACAGCCUUCUAUGAUCCCAGGAGUCUGGAAAUUCUAUGCAAGCCUGUUCUAUUCUUUCUUCGUGGAAAGCCUAUUCCGAAACGAAUGCUUCCACCUGAAGCGCUGGUACCCUAUUACACUGAUGCAAAGAAUCGUGGUUACCUGGCAGAUCCUGCCAAAUUUCCUGAAGCAAGGCUUGAACUUGCCAAGAAGUACGGUUAUAUUUUACCUGACAUCACUAAAGAUGAACUCUUCAAGAUGCUCAGUGCUCGAAAGGACCCAAGGCAGAUUUUCUUUGGUCUUGCUCCAGGAUGGGUGGUGAACAUGGCAGAUAAGAAAAUCCUAAAACCCACAGAUGAGAAUCUCCUCAAGUAUUAUAGCUCCUGAGUCCUCCUUAGAAAGCAGAGGUGUUAAAGAGUGCCAGGAAAGCAACUGAAAGAUACGUAUUUCUCGUUGGAUUUUCCUAAUGUGGAAUCCUCAGAUAUUGAUAUUUUCAGUGUAAUCCUAUUUUUUUCAUUUUCAUUUAAAAUUAAAAUAAACUUACUAAAUGCAGAAUACAAAUGUCUACAUACAAUAACUAAGAAAAUGCCAUGAAGGCUAUGUUGAACAGUUUGAUGAGAAUAUUUCAGAUUGUAUAUGCAACCAGCACAUUGUACCCCUUGAUUGCACUAAUGUACGCAGCUAUGAUUUAACAAUAAAAAUAAAAACUUUAGGAAGCAAGGACUGCCUAGAGGAACUGAGUCUGGAUUCUGUCUCAAAGAUACAAACGCCUCUGGUGGUCUGUCAAAGGAAAAUCAUAACUACUUUAGAAUAUUUCUAGUCUUGUUUUAUAUAAUCUUCCCCCCUGGGCCUUUCUUUGUUACUGCUGCAAAUCAGAAUGAAUGCACAUGGUGUGGGAUUGGUUUGCAGACCGGCUUUGCCAAGAUCAGAGAAGGUGCUCAUGACUUGGUGGCCCUUCUUAUUCAGCGUCCUUAGGGAAGCUCUGCUACCCCCUGUCAAGAUGGUAAGCCCUCAACUCCCAAAGAAUAAGAUCAGGAAUAUGAGUUUAAGGUUUAAGGCUAGUGAGUAGCUUCUUAGUAGUAGAUUUGCUGGCAACAUUGAAGGUGAGAGAAAUAAAAAUUGCAAGUGGCUGAGUGCAGUGGUUCACGCCUGUAAUCCUAGCACUCUGGGAGCCUGAGGCGGGAAGAUUGCUUGAGUUCUGAAGUUUGAGACCAGUCUCAAAGCAAGAGUGAGACUGUCUCUGCCGAAAAUAGAAAAAGUAGCUUUAGCUGGGCAUUGUGGCAGGUGCCUGUAGUCCCAGUUACCGGGUAGGCUGAGCCCAGGAGUUUGAGGUUGCUGAGAGCUAGGCUGAGGCCAUGCACUCUAACCUGGGCAACAGAAUAAGACUGUCUCUAAAAAAAAUGUGAGUUCAUUUUUAACUGGAUAAAGGUAGACAGAAACCAUCAAGCCAUUAAUAUUUUUUCUUGAAAGGUAAGUGUCUUAAUUCUAAUUGAUAACAAUAUUUCUUUUUUUUUUGAGACAGUCUCACUAUGUCGAGUCUCACUUUGUCGCUCUUGGUAAAAUGCCAUGGUGUCAUGGCUCAUGGCAACCUCAAACUCUUGAGCUCAAGCGAUUCUUUUGCCUCAGCCUCCCAAGUAGCUGGGACUACAGGUGCCCGCCACAAUGCCCGGCUAUUUUUUAUUAUUAUUUUUUUUUAGCUGGGGCUGGGUUUGAACCCGCACCCUCAGUAUAUGGGGCCAGUGCCCCACUCCUUGAGCCACACGUGCUGCCCCCGGCUAUUUUUUUGAGACAGAGUCUUGCUCUGGCUCAGGCUGGUCUUGAACUGAUAAUCUACCCGCCUUGGCCUGUAAUGCUAGAAUUACAUGAGCCCCCACGCUUGGCCAAUAGUCUUUCUUACCUCAGACAUUGAAGACCUUUGUCUUUCGGUAAUUUCAAAUGAUUUUGAAAAAAAUUAUUCAGAGAUUAUGUAAGCAAUAAAAAUAAUUGGUAAUACGAGAAUUAAACCCAGUUAAUGUAAAAGACUCAGCAGUUAAUAAGGUUAUUUAACUUUUUUUUUUUUUUUGAGACAGUCUCACUAUGUCAUCCUCAGUAGAGUACUGUGGCAUCACAGCUCACAGCAACCUCAAACUCUUGGGUUGAAGUGAUUCUCUUGCCUCAGCCUCCCAAGUAGCUGGGACUACAGGCACCCGCCACAAAGCACGGCUAUUUUUUUGUUUCCAGCUGUCGUUGUUUUUUAGCAGGCCCGGGCCAGGCUCGAACCCACCAGCCUCAGUGUAUGUGGCUGAAGCCCUACUCACUGAGUCAUGGGUUCCUGGCCAAGAUUGUUUAACUUUUGAAAAGAAAUUUUAUAUCCAAAUCGUAUGAAAGCUUAACUCUGAGUGAUGAAAGGUUGAUGAUGAGGCUGGGUGUGGUGUCUUAGGCCUGUAAUCCCAGGAUUCUGGGAGUCUGAGGCAGGUGGAUUGCUUGAGCUCACGAGUUCAAGACCAACCCGAGCAAGAAGGAGACCCCAUCUCUAAAAAAUAGCCGGGCAUUGUGGUGGGCACCUGUAGUACCAGUUAGUCAGAAGGCUGAAGCAAAAGAAUUGCUUGAGCCCAAGAGUUUGAGGUUGCUGUGAGCUGUGAUGCUACGACACUACACAGGAAAGCACAGUGAGACUGUCUCAAAAAAAAAAACAACAAGAUGAUGACUAAUGUAUGAUAAUUCUUCCACAGUAGAAAUAAAAUGAUUCCUGGCUGUUUGUUUUUUUAAAAUAAAGUUUUAAAACCUAAAUAAUGCAA